CACGCAGUGGUUGCUAUGGGGACAGAGCUUGGUUGGCAACCAUCACUAGGGAGCGCGGAGAGGAGCUGGUGGCCGCUGCUUUGGGAUCCCGGAGGCAGGACAACCCAAGUCUUUUGAAGAGUGAGCGGAACCCCUACGGAGAAGAAUGUCAGACGAAGAAGAAUCCCCCCUAAAAGAAACAGAGGAGAGUGGAAAAACAGAAACAGAGGAGGAAUAUAAUCCAAAUUAUAAAGGAGAAAGUCUUCAGCAGAGAAUUGAGGACACAUCAACAUGGGAGGGGUCUCAGGAGGAAGAGGAGGGAGAGAAAGGGGUCGAGAUGGAAGAGGAAGAACAGAGAGAACAUGAAGAGGAAGAGGAGGAGGAGGAGGAGGAUAUGGCUAUUGAAAAAACUGAGAAAAAUGUUGGAGAAGCCCCAGGGGAGACGUCAGGAGUCCGGAAGGGAACCACAAAGAAGCUUAAAAAAACUCCGAAGUCCACUUUCACUCUAGAUGCCAUUAUUAUCAGCUCUGAGUCAACAUCAGGAUCUUCACUGGAUAUCACUGGAAGUAGCAAGUCCUCCUUGCGCUCCCAAAGUCCUGAAACAAGUGAACUGUUAAGAGGUAUCAGUUCACAACAUGAAAUUAUUGAUUUGGAUCAAAUUGAAUCUCAGGAGCCACAGACCAGGCCUCCUAAAAGGCAGUCCUCAGUGAGAGUUGAGAGGGAAGCUGACCAGAUUUCAGGAGACAGUUUGAGCCAAGAAGAAAGAGACAAGGAACCAAAAGAAGAAGAGGCAGAAGCAGAAAAGGUUAAAGAGAGACAAAGAAAACUACCCUUCCUCCUGGAUAAGGAGAAAAGACAAAAAGCAGUGACCUCCAAGGAGUCACUCAUGUCCACCUCCACAGAGGAUACCUUGUUUCAAAAGGAAGACAGCACCAAGGUGUAUCCUUUGACCAUGACCUGGUCAUUUGGAUGGAACAGUUCCCUCCCUGUCUACUACAUCCAAGAUGAGAACCACAGAGUCCUUCUCUAUGUCUGCGCUCACACUGCUAUCAUCUACAACGUCUUCAAGAACACCCAGUACCACCUCCAGGGCCACCCUAACAUCAUCUCCUGCCUCUGUGUCAGUGAAGACAGGCGGUGGAUUGCCACAGCAGACAAAGGUCCAGACUGCCUGAUAAUUAUAUGGGACUCUUUCACAGGAAUCCCUGUGCAUACCAUAUUUGACAGCUGCCCAGAGGGUAAUGGCAUAACGGCUAUAGCCAUCACCCAAGACGCCAAGUUUCUGGCUACAAUCUCAGAUGCUGAAGUCCAGAAAGUAUGCAUCUGGAGGUGGACUUUGGCGGUGGAGUUGCCUGCAUGCACUCUUGAGCUGCCCAAAGAGUAUGGUUUUCAGAAUUACCUUAUUUUUAAUCCAACAAAUAAUAAGGAAUUAAUAAGCAAUAGCAAAACACAGACGAUAUAUUAUUCAUGGACAUUCAACAAACUUGUGGGAAAAUUUAGCCAGUCAGUCUUUCACUUGAACCUAACACAAGUACUAUCGGCGACAAUGGAAGGGAAGCUGGUUGUCUGGGACAUAUACUACCCACCUCCAUCCUCCUCCACCUCGAACUUUCCCUUUAUCAAGCCUCGUAAGCUGGUUCAUUUACAGAAGGAGAGCAUCACUGUGCUCACCACAGUUGACAGCUACAUCGUGACAGGCGACAUUAAGGGUAACAUUAAGUUCUAUGAUCACACUCUAUCCAUAGUUAACUGGUACAAUCACUUCAAACUGAGUGCCAUAAGGACUCUGUCCUUUUCAAAGACCUCAGCAAGUCGUCCAACAGAGAAAUCCAACCUCUCUGCAGACUGCACUUUAAAAGGUGACCUUUUUGUUGUCAGGGAUUUUAUCAUUGGAACAUAUGAUGCCACUGUGUACCACUUAACGGCAGAUGGCACCAAACUUGAGAAGCUCUUCGUAGAGCCCAGGGAUGCUGUGUGUGCCAUCUCCUGCCACCCAUACCAACCCCUGAUCGCUGUUGGUAGUAUCUGUGGGAUGAUAAAAGUGUGGGAUUACGAAAAGAAGAAGUACCUUUUCAGCAGGGCCUUUGAGAAGGGGCUUGGAGUCCAGAGUCUGACCUACAACCCGGAAGGGGCCCUGCUUGGAGCUGGCUUCACAGAGGGGACAGUUUUCAUUCUUGACUCAAUGUCUUUGGAAAACGAAAGCCCAGAGCCUUUCAGAUAUUCCAGAACCAGUGUGACUCACGUGAGCUUCUCGCAUGACUCCAAGUACAUGGCGACUGCUGAUGUAAGUUUCACUGUGGCUGUGUACAUGGUGGUGGUCAAAAAUGGACAGAGGGUCUGGGAGUAUUUGGCAAGACUUCGCUCUCAUCAAAACAGCAUUCGAAGCCUCCUGUUUGGGGUUCACCUGGACAGCAAUGACCCCAGACUGCUGAGCCUUGGGAAAGACAGGUUCUUGAUAGAGUAUAAUCUUAUCAAGAGCUACAAAGACCACCUGGAAGUCCUGGACAUUCACCGCACUGACCAGGGCAACUACCCCACCUGUAUGGUCUGGUAUCCACCACUUACCAAGGAGCUCUUCCUGCUUAUUUGCAACAGUGGCUACAAAGUGAAACUUUUCAAUUCCAUCACCAAAAUGUGCAGAAAGACACUUCUUGGACCAGCUUAUGGGUCGCCUAUUGAGCACACACAGGUGCUGCCAGUGAAAAGCACGCUGGAGCUGCAGAAGCGCUACUUGGUGUUCAUCAACAAAGACAAGGUUGGACUUCAGAUCUUACCAGUUGAUGGCAACCCCCACAAGACAUGUGCUGUCAUUUGCCACCCAAGUGGAGUGGCUGGAAUGGCCCUGUCCUACGACGGCCGCUAUGCCUUCACAGCAGGAGGCCAAGAUCGCUCAGUAGUACAGUGGAAAAUCAACUUAAGUGCCCUGGAGGCAGCGGCUUCUCUCGGUGGUGAAGACUUGACCCCAUUCUAUGGUCUGGUGUCUGGUGGCAGGGAAGGAAAAUUCUACAGGGAACUAGAGGACUAUUUUUACUACUCUCAGCUCCGUAGUCAAGGUAUGGAUACAAUGGAGACCAGGGAGGUGUCGGAGGACAUUUGCCUAUCGGAGCUUCCUUUUGUCAUGAGAGCAAUUGGCUUUUACCCAUCGGAGGAGCAGAUUGAGGACAUGUUUAAUGAAAUCAAGUUCAGUGAAUAUGUGGACACUGGGGAGCUAAUUGACAAAAUCAACUUACCAGAUUUCCUCAAAGUUUAUCUUAACCACCGGCCACCUUUUGGCAACACCAUGGUUGGCAUCCAGGAGAGCUUUAAUGUGCUUGGCUUCACUAAUUCCCAAGGAAAGAAGGCUAUUCGGAGAGAGGAUUUCCUGAAACUGCUCUUAACUAAAGGUGAGCACAUGACGGAAGAGGAGCUGUAUGACUGCUUUUCCAUGCUGUUUGGCCUGAAUCCUGAGGGCUGGAAAUCUGAGCCUGCAGCCGCCUCUGACAAAGGUCCAGAAAUCUGCUUUGAAGAAGAGCUUCCAGACGAGAUCACUGCAGAAAUAUUCGUGACUGACAUUCUUGGUUUAACCAUCUCAGACAGUUCCGGACAGUAAAGUCACAAAGAUGCUUAAAGCACAAAGGGCUUUGUAUGUGCUUGCACAUGUGCAUAUGUUUUCCAACAGGCACUCUUUUUUCUGUACGUCCUUACCCUUGCCCUAAUCUUUAGAACAUUUAGACAUUAAAAGCAAAUUUCUG